AUGCACCGACCACCAUCACCUGUGAUAACAAACACGACACUGCACACACCAGCACCCACACACAACCUCACGCUCAUACGCACCGCCGCGGAGCUCAUCGAACUCGACGUGAAACUGCGCAGUACGCACCCGGGCCUCAAAAUCCCAUCGCUGCCCAUCGACCCCGCCGGUCUGCCCCUCGCGCGCGGGUUCAUGCGCGUGCGGCUUGAUGAGGUGAGGCAGAAGAUGGACGCCGAGGAACAGGCGAGGGAUGUAUUUCGGUGGAAUGGACAGAUUCCAGUUUCGGAGGUUCUCUAUUCCAUCCAUCUUGCAGAGAUCGUUUUGGCCGAUGCAUGCAUGUACGGGUUGAUUGAUACGGGUGGAUAG